AUGGCGGAUAAGCGCAAGAGCUCCCGGCGACACGAUCCAGACGUGGACGCCACCGACGUGUACGUGAGCUCCGCGGGUCCAAAAUGGCAAUGGUUCCGCACGUUUCUUCCAUAUGAAUGCAAGGUGAAAGACGAGAGGGAGAUCAGCGAACAGUUUGGGCUCUUCACUGUUGACGGCGACGCACCACUGACGCUUCAAAGCCACCGCGAUACCCAGGCAAGGGGCGCUCUGUCGAAUCCCCGAGGCCGCCGCCGGUUUCACCCACUUCGCGAGGCAGACGACGAGCAAGUGCUCCAGUGGCGACGGUGCCUCUUCCAGGAGAUGAAGCACGUUGUGCGCGUGGCCGAACUCGUGUACGACUGCAGAGGAGAGUAUCUCCAUACGGCGAUUCACUACGCCCCCAUUCGGGCAACAGGCGCUCCCAUGAGGGGCAGUGGAUCGGGCCGCCGCCACUUUCGCGCACGUGGCUUCACAGCAGCAUUCAUCCAAGGCAUGUACGAGUUUGAGCGCAGGCAAGGUGGCCUCACGCAAGCAGCUAUGAACGGCUCACACUUGUGUCAUCGAGGCCAGCACCGUUUGCCGGUAAUUCACCCCAAAACAGGAAAGAAGCUGCUUCUGGAGUGCAUCAGACCCUCGCACUGCUGCCUUGAAGCUGUUCAUCGCAACAACAGCCGCCAAGGCUGCCCUGGCAUUCUCGGCGGCUGCAUCCACGAGCCGCCCUGCCUUCUUCCUGCGCGCCGUGUGCAUGGACCAGAGUCCAUCUAUCGCAUGUUUGGGAAACGCGUGUGA